GGUAGAGUAAAAAGAAGCACGUUGCUUGUCCAGCUUGUCCAGCGCAAGGACCAAGGGUUAGCACACCACCCUGGAAGACUCUAGACAGAAAAAAAACAAUGCCUAAAUAAUGAUCUGACCAACUCUUGGGAAUACCAGUGGCCAUCUUGGUUGAAGAUUGCAGAGAGAAAUGGCUGUUCAGGCAGCCAUCAUGAACUCGCAGUUCUUAAACUUCUGUUUCCCUGGUUCGGUGAUGGAGUAUGAGGUGGAGAAGGGCUUGGACGGGGGUCUCUUGGGGGAAGCUGACUGUGAGCGUGACUUCAGGGAGACUACCAGGGACCUGCUCAGCUUCAUCGACUCUGCUUCAAGCAACAUCAAAUUGGCUCUGGACAAGCCUGUCAAGUCCAAAAGGAAAGUGAACCACCGCAAGUACCUGCAGAAGCAGAUCAAAAGGUGCACAGGGAUCAUCUCGUCUGGGACUGCAGCGACUCAAGAGCCUUGCAAGAGACAAGACUCGCCACAGACUCCAACCAGCACCCUGCAGAGCAAAACACCACCUAAACGGGAUGGGGCUCAGGCCAACUUGCAGAGCAAGAGUCUGGCCGCCCUCUUUAACCCUGCCAAGGACUUGCGAGGAGAAAGGGCCAAAAAGCCCCCACUGAGACAUCGAAACCUGCCUCCAUCCUUCUUCACAGAGCCAGCCAACUGCUCCAGAGUCACAUCAACUUCCGGCAUGUCCCUCAAAGACCUGGAGCGGGGAAAUCCGGAUGCAGCGGAGUUCUUUGAACUGCUGGGACCUGACUACAGCAACAUGGUCACCGAACAGGAGCUCUUCCACACUACUACGCCUGUCAGAGUCCAGCAGGAGGGAACUGGAGGUCCUGAGCCAGGCGCAUUCGACUCACACCAUUUUGUGACGGGUGGUUUCCUGUAUGCCGAGCCUUGGGGCACCACUGGCAGUGGUGCGUCCAAAAAAACAGGGGACAUGAGGACAGUGCCAGGGCAGCCACCUCUUUACGGCAACACAGACUCAUCUGGCCCGGCGCCUGCGGAACAAAGUUCUCCAUGUUCGUCGUUGACUUUCCCAAACUUCUUUACAGACUGCCCUGUCUCUCAGGUCUCUUAUGAUCUGGCUAGUGGCUACACCAGAGGCAGUUUUCCAUCUCUUUAAGUGAAAUAAAAUACAUUUUGGGAAGAAGACAAGGAUGACAAUGGAGUAUUUUGCAGAAAGAUAAUCCUGCUGCUUGCUUGAAAUAAUGGGAUUUUACAGCGAUCUCCACAAGCUCAGCAUUCAGUACGGUACAGGACUGUUCGAGAGACUCAUAUGGUCACCCCAUAUGAGCGAUGUAGGCACAGCACUCUAAGAGCCAAUUAAAUUUGUCGUGAUGUACUCUUACAAAGAGAUGAAGUCGUCAGUGAAGACUUUAUGUUCGAAUUGGUAAAGGUGAGGGAUUAUUGAGAACAUUAUCUCAGGGUCUUAUUUCACUCGCUUCCAUGUGUCAAAAAAUAAUCACAGCCAUGUAGGUCUCUAGACAAUAGUUAUUAAAGAGGGUAAUCACUUUUCACUUGUACAAUCUACUGUAAUUAAAGCAAUCUGAGACUGCGAUUGGAAUGCUACGGUCCUUCAGUUUGAAAUAUCUGUGAAAUUAAGUCAGAACUGUUUGUCGAUUUAGAAAGGAUGCACGGCCUUCUUCAAAUGCGCUGUAAAAACUUACCUUGUGUGCCGUGUAUUUUCUGAAUGCAAGCAAAUUAGUCAUUCUGGAUGUCUAUGUGUAUAUUCAUCUACAUAUAUUCAUCUUCUGAAGUAGCAGGUGCCCUUAUAUCAUGAAAAGGUGGCUAGACGAUGAGUGUAUAUUAAAUCUUUAAAUGAGUGCUGAAUGGAUAAGAGAAAGUUUUUUUUUAUGCAAAGGACUGCAAAAUGAUGUUUUGAUUUAUGACGACACCCUAACUUUGGUUUAGGAUAGAAGACGAGUUUAGAUGUUGGACAUUUCCAAUUGUAAAAUCCUGUGGAAAAGAGCAAACCCACGACGUAAAGCAUUCUAACGGAUAGCUGUAUAUUUAGUUCUGUUUAAUACUUUUAUAGGAGAGGUGCGUUCAGUGAGACACAUCUACGGUUGCAACAUAUUUGCAAGGCUAUUGGAAUCACAGAUUUUCUUCCAGUGUGUUUUUGCAGUAAACCACCUUAAACUAUCAGCGGGGUCAACAUUCAAGAAGUCUGAGGGUUGUAUCUUAGGUACUGACACUCGAUUGCUGUUUUGCUGUAAUUCAUUCACCUGAUCUGAAUAGUUGGAUCAAUGUAGAAACGUAAAGAAAAUGCAAAAUAUAUUAUGUUGAUAAUGUAAUACGGUACAAUAAAGCUGGUCUUUAUUCUUA